AACUAGUUUGUUGGCGGCGCCCCGGCUGUACCUCAGUAGCAACGCGCUCAGAGGCUUUUGCGAGCUGGGGGAGGGGAGCAGCGGCGGCGAGGGCUGCGGAGCCUCGCGCGGGCGGCUAGGGGCCUCUGAGCGCGGCGGGUGGCGACGCCCCGAGUGCUGGCGACGAGCCUGUGUCUGUCUGCUCUGGGGACCCACACUCUGAGCCCCAAGUCCCGGGCCCGGCAGAGGACGCCAGACGAGGGGGCAGGUGGAGCGUUCACUGUGGCCCGGGAGCCUGGAGUCGCCUGUCGGGACCAGGGAGGCUCCGAUGGCUACAGGUUUUCCUGCUGCUUUGGUUGAGGCAAAUCUGGAUUGCUUUAGCGUCCCGCUGUCACCCAGGACCUUGUCUUGGCCUCCCCUUGGGACCUCGGAAUCGAGCAGGUAUCCAGAGGAUUGGCUCAGCAUGUCGGUCAGCGUCCAUGAGACCCGCAAGUCGCGGAGCAGCACGGGCUCCAUGAACAUCACGCUGUUCCACAAGGCCUCGCACCCCGACUGCGUGCUGGCGCACCUCAACACGCUGCGCAAGCACCGCAUGUUCACGGACGUCACGCUCUGGGCCGGCGACCGCGCCUUCCCCUGCCACCGCGCCGUGCUGGCCGCCUCCAGCCGCUACUUCGAGGCCAUGUUCAGCCACGGCCUGCGGGAGAGCCGCGACGACACGGUCAACUUCCAGGACAACCUGCACCCCGAGGUGCUGGAGCUGCUGCUGGACUUCGCCUACUCGUCCCGCAUCGUCAUCAACGAGGAGAACGCAGAGUCGCUGCUCGAGGCGGGUGACAUGCUGCAGUUCCAUGACGUGCGUGAUGCAGCCGCCGAGUUCCUGGAGAAGAACCUGUUCCCGUCCAACUGCCUGGGCAUGAUGCUGCUGUCGGACGCCCACCAGUGCCGCCGGCUCUACGAGUUCGCGUGGCGCAUGUGCCUGGUGCACUUCGAGGCCGUGAGGCAGAGCGAGGACUUCAACAGCCUGUCCAAGGACACCCUGCUGGACCUCAUCUCGAGUGACGAGCUGGAGGCGGAGGACGAGCGUGUGGUCUUUGAGGCCAUCCUGCAGUGGGUCAGGCACGACCUGGAGCGGCGCAAGGCCCACCUGCCCGAGCUGCUGCGCGGCGUGCGGCUGGCCCUGCUGCCAUCCGACUGCCUGAAGGAGGCCGUGUUGGGUGAGGCCCUGCUCAUGGCCGACGAGCGCACCCGGCUCAUCGUGGACGAGGCGCUGCGCUGCAAGGCCCGCAUCCUACAGAACGACGGCGUGGUCACCAGCCCCUGUGCCCGGCCGCGCAGGGCCGGACACACGCUGCUCAUCCUCGGGGGCCAGACCUUCAUGUGUGACAAGAUCUACCAGGUGGACCACAAGGCCAAGGAGAUCAUCCCCAAGGCGGACCUGCCCAGCCCUCGCAAGGAGUUCAGCGCCUCGGCCAUCGGCUGCAAGGUCUAUGUGACCGGGGGCCGGGGCUCCGAGAACGGGGUCUCUAAGGACGUGUGGGUGUACAACACCGUCCACGAGGAGUGGUCCAAGGCGGCACCCAUGCUCAUCGCCCGCUUCGGCCACGGCUCGGCCGAGCUGGAGAACUGCCUCUACGUGGUCGGAGGGCACACGUCCCUGGCUGGCGUCUUCCCGGCCUCGCCGUCUGUCUCCCUGAAGCAGGUGGAGAAGUACGACCCCGGGGCUAACAAGUGGACGAUGGUGGCCCCGCUGAGGGAUGGCGUCAGCAAUGCCGCGGUCGUGAGCGCCAAGCUGAAGCUCUUUGUCUUCGGGGGGACCAGCAUCCACCGGGACAUGGUGUCCAAAGUCCAGUGCUACGACCCUGCAGAGAACCGGUGGACGAUCAAGGCCGAGUGUCCCCAGCCUUGGCGGUACACCGCUGCCGCCGUCCUGGGCAGCCAGAUAUUCAUCAUGGGAGGCGACACGGAGUACACAGCUGCCUCGGCCUACCGCUUCGACUGCGAGACCAACCAGUGGACGCGGAUCGGGGACAUGACUGCCAAGCGCAUGUCCUGCCACGCCCUGGCCUCGGGCAACAAGCUCUACGUGGUGGGGGGCUACUUCGGGACCCAGCGGUGUAAGACCCUGGACUGCUAUGACCCCACCUCGGACACGUGGAACUGCAUCACCACCGUGCCCUACUCGCUCAUCCCCACGGCCUUCGUCAGCACCUGGAAGCACCUGCCCGCAUGAGGCGCACCUGUAGAGCCCAACCAGAUGAGGAAACCAGGCCUCAGAGAAGCAACUGCCAGAAAUCAGGGUGGCGCAGACCAGGACGGCCAUGGGACGCGCCUGAGUGAUCCAGGCAGUGCGGCUUCCCAGCUCCUCUGCCUUCUGGGUGCCACCUCUUCCUCAGCAACUCGGCACAGCCCAGAAGGGCCACCCCCCAGGUCAGGAUCCCACAGUCCCUCACCCCCAGCACAGGGGGCUCUGAGGCUUGGCUUGGGGCCUGCCCCGAGGGGAACACCGUGUCUGCUUGGUGUUCUGGCGGGUAGGGCGGGCAGGCCCCCAAGCUUUGGGUUCACCGCCUUAGAGCUUCUCAGGACGUUUAGGGGCCUGUGAGGAGCUUGGAGGGAUUUGGGGGCCCUUCACCAGCCCCACUGAGAGCGCAGUGGUCGCCUUGCCCAGCCCACACAUCUGGGAGCUUGCUGACCCCCUGGGCUCGACCAGCUUCCAGCAGAACUUGAGUCCGCCUUCCAGAAGCCUUGGGAAUGAGGGGCGCAUCCUACUUGAAGGAAACAGGUCCACAGGUCCCAGUGCUGGCUUGAAUUUUUUUCAUUAUAAUGUUACUUAAAUAUGUACAGACUUACAACUAGAUGUAAGCUCCCUGUGUUUGUAGCUCUUUCACAGCUGCAACGCUAACAAUUGUACAGGUGAAAUACACCCAAAGACGCAAGACCGAGAAUGUGGUCUCCGCUAACUGAUGCUUUGUGGAAGUUGUGUUGCCUCCCUCUGCCUCUUGGAUGGCUGGAUAUGCAGGUUUAUGGAGAGCUCAGCCCGCCUGUGCAGGGGGCUCCUUCUCUUUUCUUUUUUGGAGCUGCCGUGAGACCCCUUUGGGCAGCUCGGUGUGGGUGGAGGCGGGGGCACAUCAUCUUUGUCCCCUGGCACAAACCUGCCUCCUUGGUCUAGGGCUGCCUCUGAGCCCAUGACACUCAGAGAGCUGGCCAGAGUAAGUGUGCUGUCUGGCAUUGUGGAUGGGUGGGGAGUGGGGAACACCCUUGGCAAGAACCCCCAGCUCCCUCCCCUGGUACUCCAGAGAACCUGUUUUUAAACUAGAAUCCCACAGGGGUGUGUCUGCCUGUGGAGGCUGAGUGGGCAGUCCGCCCAUCGCUGUCCUGAGUGUUCCCCACUCCCCACCCCUCUAGGUCCUUCCUGCGCCUGCUGUAUCCUUUCUCCACUAGGUGAUCAACUCAGGAGCUGCUACCCCAGCCAAGGGCACCACCUCCUGGACACACGUCCACGGCCACGUCUCUGCUUGGAGUUGGGCUAGGUUAUGCCAAGCUGUCGCUGUGGGUUGGGCUUUAGAAAUGAUCACACUGGCCAGCUGUGUUUUCUUCGUUGCUUCCAGGACAUUCUACGCUAAGCCUUUUGUGUGCAUUAGAUGGCUCCAUCCUUCUCUGGGAGAAGGCAGGUAUCUGUCCUUAUUUUCCACAGGAAAAUGCGAAGCUCAGAGCAGAUGCCACACUGAUUGAGAACCCAGCACUGGAGUGUGAGCUUCAUGACCAUGGGGACCGUCUGACCUCAUUCACCACUGCAUCUGUCCUGCAGGGUCUGGGUUGAUAGGCUGUGCAGUAAAUAUUUGUCAAGUGCAGGAAUGAAUGUGUUGGCUGCUGCCCAUAGCUGUACUGUUCUUCGUGGUGACCUGACUGGCCGUGACCAUGUCUGCCCUCCCUCUCUCACCAUUUCCAACCUCACUGGCCUACAUUCAGGUUCUCAAAAAUAUCAAUACCAGAUUCCUAUCCCCAGGCCUACGCACAUGCCAUUCCUUCUGCCUGGAGUGCUUUUUGCCUUUCUAGAAAACUCGUCUGUCCUGCAGGUCUUAGGUUAAAUAUUACCUCCUUCCCAUACCCUCCACCAAAGUAAAAGAAAGUCCUCCUUCUAAUCUCUAAUUUUUUUCUUUUUUUAUUGUAUUAUUUUAUUAUUUUUAAAAAUUUUAUUUUAUAUUGGAGUAUAGUUGAUUAACAAUGUUGUAUUAAUUUCAGGUGUACAGCAAAGUGAUUCAGUUAUACAUACACUUACAUCUAUUCUUUUUCAAAUGCAUUUCCCAUUUAGAUUAUUACAGAAUAUUGAGCAGAGUUCCCUGUGCUGUACAGUAGGUCCUUGUUGGUUAUCUAUUUCAAAUAUAGUCGUGAGUACAUGUCAACCCGAAACUCCCAAUCUAUCCCUCCCCCAGCCCUUUCCCCGCUCCCGGUAACCAUAAGUUUGUUCUCUAAGUCUGUGGCUCUGUUUUGUAAAUAAGUUUUAUUUGUAUCAUUUUUUUAGAUUCUGCAUAUUAGCGAUAUCAUAUGUUUGUCUUUCUCUGUCUGACUUACUUCACUUAGUAUGAUAAUCUCCAGGUCCAUCCAUGUUGCUGGAAAUGGCAUUAUUUUAUUCUUUUUAAUGGCUGAGUAAUAUUCCAUUAUAUAUACGUACCACAUCUUCACUCAUUCAUUUGUCCAUGGAUAUUUAGGUUGCUUCCAUGUUCUGGCUAUUGUAAACAGCGUUGCCAUGAACAUUGGGGUGCAUGUAUCCUUUUGAACCGUGUUUUUCUCCAACUAUAUGCCCAAGAGUGGGAUUACUGGAUCAUACGGUAGUUCUAUUUUUAGUUUCUUAAGGAACCUUCAUAUUGUUCUUCAUAGUGGCUGUACCAAUUUACAUUCCCACCAACAGUGUAGGAGGGUUCCCUUUUCUCCACACCCUCUCCAGCAUUUAUUGUUUGUAGACUUCGAUGAUGGCCAUUUUGACUGGUGUGAGGUGAUACUGUAGUUUUGAUUUGCAUUUAUAUAAUAAUUAGUGAUGUUGACCAUCUUUCCAUGUGCUUUUUGACCAUCUGUAUGUCUUCUUUGGAGAAAUGUCUAUUUAGGUCUUCCGCCCUUUUUUGUUUUGCGGUACACAGGCCUCUCACUGUUGUGGCCUCUCCCGUUGCGGAGCACAGGCUCCGGACACGCAGGCUUAGCGGCCAUGGCUCACAGGCCUAGCCGUUCCGCGGCAUGUGGGAUCUUCCUGGACCAGGGCAUGAACCUGUGUCCCCUGCAUCGGCAGGCAGACUCUCAACCACUGCGCCAGCAGGGAAGCCCUGCCCAUUUUUUGAUUGGCUUGUUUUUUUGAUAUUGAGCUGCAUGAGCUGUUUGUAAAUUUUGGAGAUUAAGUCCUUGUCGGUUGCAUCCUUUGCAAGUAUUUUCUCCCAUUCUGUGGGUUGUCUUUACGUUUAUGAUUUCCUUUGCUGUGCGAAAGCUUUUAAAUUUGAUUAGGUCCCACUUGUUUAUUUUUGUUUUUAUUUCCAUUACUCUGAGAGAUGGAUUGAAAAAGAUACUGCUGUGAUUUAUGUCAAAGAGUGCUCUGCCUAUGUUUUCCUCUAAGAGUUUUAUAGUAUCUGGACUUACAUUUAGUCUUUAAUCCAUUUUGAGUUUCUUUUUGUGUAUGGUGUUAGGGAGUGUUCUAACUUCAUUCGUUUACAUGUAGCUGUCCAGUUUUCUCAGAACUACUUAUUGAAGAGGCUGUCUUUUCUCCAUUUUAUAUUCUUGCCUCCUUAAUCAUAGAUUAAUUGACCAUAGGUGCAUGGGUUUAUUUCUGGGCUUUCUAUCCCAUUCCAUUGAGCUAUAUUUCUGUUUUUGUGUCAGUACCAUACUGUUUUGAUGACUGUAGCUUUGUAGUAUAGUCUGAAGUCAGGGAGCCUGAUUCCUCCAGCUCCAUUUUUCUUUCUCAGGAUUGCUUUGGCUAUUUGGGGUCUUUUGUGUCUGCAUACAAAUUAAAAAAAAUUUUUGUGCUAGUUCUGUGAAAAAUGCCGUUGGUAAUUUGAUAGGGAUUGCAUUGAAUCUGUAGAUUGCCUUGGGUAGUAUACUCAUUUUGAUGGUAUUGAUUCUUCCAAUGCAAGAACAUGGUGUAUCUCUCCAUGUGUUUGUGUCAGCUUUGAUUUCUUUCAUCAGCAUCUUAUCGUUUUCAGAGUACAGGUCUUUUGUCUCCUUAGGUAGGUUUAUUCCUAGGUGUUUUAUUCUUUUUGAUGUGAUGGUAAAUGGGAUUGCUUCCUUAAUUUCUCUUUCUGGAUCUUUUGUUGUUAGUGUAUAGAAAUGCAACAGUUUUCUGCGUAUCGAUUUUCUAUCCUGCAACUAUACCAGAUUCAUUGAUGAGCUCUAGUAGUAUUCUGGUAGCAUCUUUAGGAUUUUCUCUGUAUAGUAUCAUGUCAUCUGCAAACAGUGACAGUUCUUUUCCAACUUGGAUUCCUUUUAUUUCUUUUUCUUCUCUGAUUGCCGUGGCUAGGACUUCCAAAGCUGUGUUGAAUCAUAGUGGCGAGGGUGGAUAUCCUUGUCUUGUUCCUGAUCUUAGAGGAAAUGUGUUCAGUUCACUGUUGAGAAUGUUAGCUGUGGGUUUUUGUAUAUGGCCUUUAUUAUGUUGAGGUAUGUUCCCUCUAUGCCUACUUUCUGGAGAGGUUUUUUUUUUAAUCAUAAAUGGGUGUUGAACUUUGUCAAAGCUUUUUCUGAAUCUAUUGGGAUGAUCAUAUGGUUUUUAUUCUUCAGUUUUAUAAUGUGGUGUAUCACACUGAUUGAUUAGCAGAUAUUGAAGAAUCUGGGCAUCCCUGGGAUAAAUCCCACUUGAUCAUGGUGUAUGAUCCUUUUCAUGUAUUGUUGGAUUUGGUUUGCUUGUAUUUUGUUGAGUAUUUCUGCAUCUAUGUUCAUCGGUAAUAUUGGCCUGUAAUUUUCUUUUUUGUGGUAUCUUUGGUUUUGGUAUCAGGGUGAUGGUGGCCUCAUAGAAUGAGUUUGGGAGUGUUCCUUUUUCUGCAGUUUUUUGGAUUAGUUUCAGAAGGAUAGGUGUUAACUCUUCUCUAAAUGUUUGAUAGAAUUUGCUUAUGAAGCCAUCUGGUCCUGGACUUUUGUUUGUUUGGAGUUUUUAAAUCACAGUUUCAAUUUCAGUACUUGUGAUUGGUCUGUUCAUAUUUUGUAUUUCUUCCUGGUUCAGUCUGGGAGAUUGUACCUUUCUAAGAAUUUGUCCAUUUCUUCUAGGUUGCCCAUUUUAUUGGCAUAUAGUUGCUUGUAGUAGUCUCUUAUGAUCCUUUGUAUUUCUGUGGUGUUGGUUGUAACUUCUUCUUUUGCAUUUCUAAUUUUAUUGAUUUGAGCCCUAUUCCUUUUUUUCUUGAUGAGUCUGGCUAAAGGUUUAUCAAUUAUGUUUAUCUUUUCAAAGAACCAGCUUUUAGUUUCAUUGAUCUUUUCUAUUGUUUUCUUCAUCUCUAUUUCAUUUAUUUCUGCUCUGAUCUUUAUGAUUUCUUUCCUUAUACUAACUUUAGGUUUUGUUUGUUCUUCUUUCUCUAGUUGCUUUAGGUGUAAGGUUAGGUUGUUUGAGAUUUUUCUUGUUUCCUGAGGUAAGAUUGUAUUGCUAUAAACUUCCCUCUUAGAACUGCUUUUACUGCAUCCCAUUGGUUUUGGAUCGUCGUAUUUUCGGUGUCAUUUGUCUCUAGGUAUGUUUUGAUUUCCUCUUGGAUUUCUUCUGUGAUCCAUUGGUUGUUUAGUGGCAUAUUGUUUCAGCCUCCACAUGUUUGUGUUUUUUACAGGUUUUUUUCCUGUAAUUGAUUUCUAAUCUCAUAGCAUUGUGGUUGGAAAAGAUGCUUGAUAUGAUUUCAAUUAUCUUAAAUUUACCAAGGCUCACUUUGUGGCCUAGCAUGUGGUCAAUCCUGGAGAAUGUUCCAUGUGCACUUGAGAAGACUGUGUAUACUGUUGCUUUUGAACAGAAUAUAAAUUAAGUCCAUCUUGUCUAAUGUGUCAUUUAAGGCCUGUGUUUCCAUAUUGAUUUUCUGUCUGGAUGAUCUCUCCAAUGAUGAAAGUCGGGUGUUAAAGUCCCACACUAUUAUUGUUACUGUUGAUUUCUUCUUUUAUGGCUGUUAAUAUUUGCCUUUUCUCCUCCCCUCACUUUCAGUUUGUAUGUGUCCCUAGAUCUGAAGUGGGUCUUUGGUAACAUAUAUAUGGGUCUUGUUUUUGUAUCCAGCCAGUCUUUGUCUUUUGGUUGGAGCAUUUAAUCCAUUUACAUUUAAGGUAAUUAUCAAUAUGUGUGUUCUUAUUGCCAUUUUGUUGAUUGUUUUGGAUUUGUUUUCCUAGUUCUUUUAUCUUCCUCUGUUGUUCUCUUGUGAUUUCAUGACUAACAUUAGUGUUGUGUUGGAUUCCUUUUUCUUGUUUGUGUAUUGUAGAUUUUGGUUUGCAGUUAUCGUGAGGUUUUGAAAUAGCAGUCUAUAUAUAAACAAGAUUGUUUUAAGUUCCUGUUCUUUUAAUUUCAAAUGCAUUUCCAAUAUUCUGCAUUUGUGCUCUCCCCUUCUCACAGUUGCUGGCUUUGAUAUCAUAUUUGUGUGUAGAUGAUUUCCUGCCUUUACUGUAUGUUUGCCUUUAUCGGUGAGGUUUUCCAUUUGUAAUUUUUUUAUUUCUAGUUGUGGCCUUUUCUUUUCCACCUAGAGAAGUUCCUUUAGCAUUUGUUGCAAAGCUGGUCUGGUGGUGCUGAAUUCUCUUAGCUUCUGCUUGUCUGUAAAGCUUUUGAUUUCUCUGUCAAAUCUGACUGAGAGCCUUGCUGGGUAGAGUAUUCUUGGUUGUAGGCUCUUCCCUUUCAUCACUUUAAAUAUACGGUGCUACUCCCUUCUGGCCUGCAGAGUUUCUGACGAACAAUCAGCUGGUAACCUUAUGGGAGGUACCUUGUAUAUUAUGUGUUAUUUUUCCCUUGUUGUUUUUAAUAUUUUUUCUUUGUCUUUAAUUUUUGUCAAUUUGAUUACUAUCUUUCUUGGUAUGUUCCUCCUUGGAUUUAUCCUGCCUGGGACUCUCUGUGCUUCCUGGACUUGGGUGACUGUUUCCUUUCCCAUGUUAGGCAAAUUUUCAGCUAUUAUCUCUUUAAAUAUUUUCUCAGGUCCUUUCUCUCCCUCUUCUCCCUCUGCGACUGCUAAAAUGCAAAUGUUGGUGCGUUUCAUGUUGCUCCAGAGGUCUCUUAGACUGUCCUCAUUUCUUUUCAUUCUUUUUUCUUUAUUCUCAUCUGUGGCAUUGAUUUCCACCAUUCUGUCUUCCAGCUUACUUACCUGUUCCUCUGUCUCAGUUAUUCUAUUGAUUCCUUCGGAUGUAUUUUUCAUUUCAGUUUUAUAUUGUUCAUCUCUGUUCUUUAGUUCUUUUAGGUUUUUGUUAAACAUUUCUUGUAUCUUCUCGAUCUGUACCUCCUUUUUCUGAGAUCUUGGAUCAUCUUUACUAUCAUUACUCUGAAUUUUUUGGGGGGGUAGACUGCCUGUCUCCACUUCACUUACUUUUUCUUCUGGGGUUUAAUCUUAUUCUUUCAUCUGGGACAUAUUCCUCUGCCAUCUCAUUUUGUCUAGCUUUCUGUGACUGCAGUUUCUGUUUCAUAGGUUGUAGUUCUUCUUGCUUCUGCUCUCUGCCCCCUGGUAGAUGAGGCUGUCUAAGAGGCCUGUGAAGGCUUCCUGGUGAGAGGGACUGGAUCCUGCCCACUGGUGGGCGGAGCUGGGUCUUGUCCCUCUGGUGGGCAGGGCCAAGUCAAGGGGGUGUGUUUAGCGGACAACUGUGCGCUCAGGAAGACUCUAAGCAGCCCACCUACUUAUGCGUGAGGCUGUGUUCCCACCUUGUUGGCCGUUUGGCGUGAGGCGUCCCAGCACUAGAUCCCACAGGCUGUUGGGUGGGGCCAGGUCCUAGUGAGAAAAUGGUGGCCUCUGGGAGGACUCGUGCCAAUGAGCACUCCUCAGAACUAUCGCUGCCAGUGUCUUUGUCCCCACAGUGAGCCACAGCCCCCCGCGUCCAUAGGAGACCCUCUGGUAUCAGCAGGUAGGUUUGGCCCAGGCUCUUAUGAGGUUACUGCUUUUUUUCUGUAUCCUGCUUUGCAUGAGACCUUGUCUACACUCUCCAAGAGUUUAGUUUCUGUUUCUCCCAGUCCUGUGGAAUUCCUGUGAACAAACCCUGCUAACCUUCAAAGCCAGAUUCUCUGGGGGCUUUUCCCAUUGCCAGACCCCAAGGCUGGGGAUACCAACGUGGGACUCAGAACUUUCACUCCUGUGGGAGAACUUCUGUGGUAUAAUUAUUUUCCAGUUUGUGGGUUGCCCACUGGUGGGCGUGGUAUUUGAUUUUAUCGCAGUUGCACCUCUCCUACCUCUCUUUGUGGCUUCUUCUUUGUCUUUGGAUGUAGGAUAUGUUUUUUGGUAGGUUCCAGCAUCUUUUUGUCAGUGGUUGUUAAGCAGUUGUGAUUUUGGUGAUUUUGUAAGAAGAGGUGAGCUCCCAUCCUUCUGCUCUGCCAUCUUGUCUCCGUCUCCUCUAAUCACUGUUUUAUACGCUACUUUCUUCCAUGUUUUAUUGGCUCCUUUUUUUCCUUUGCGCUUAGUUCAGUUUCACUUGUUCAUAGGUUGCCGGUACAGAGGCCUCUCACCCAGGACUUCAGACAAGCGUUCCUAGUGUGAAAUGGCUCUCUCAUCUCUAACUUUUUAUUUUUAACAUAUAGCUCUUUUGUUAGUGUGUGAUGACUGUAUACAUCUAUUCGUACGAGCCUGAAGUUUCUCCCACUGAAGGAUGAUCCAUGGAGACAGCAGUAGCUGUGUCUGCCCUUCCUGUUUCCCCAGGCCUGGAACGGUGCCUGCCGGUUUGAGGGUGCUCAGGUGCACAUGGCUGGAGGGGCUGAAUGGACCCAUGAGUAGUUCCCAUAUUCUAGGUGAGGAAAGCAUGCCUCAGGAAGGUUACAGAACCAUUCGGGGCUGCACUGCUGGUAAAUGAGAGAGCUCCGUUCUCACACUCAGGCCUUGCACUCGGGGCCUGAGCUCCAGCCCUUCCCUGUGGCCUCUUGAUCAUCAUCUGGUUCCAGGUUAGGACAGAACAUUGUCGGCAGGAUUCACAUUCUCUCUCUCUCGUUCCUCCACAGACGCUGUGUGUUUCUCCCCACCCCAUGGCUGCAGCCCUCACUGUUGCACGGUGGCCCUGACCCUGUCUGCCACGGCGGGAAGCUCAGCCCGGCCCCAGGCCAGUACUCUGAGCAGCUGGAAGUCGGCCCCACCAGCUCUGGGUGGCUUCGGGGGCUGCUCUGAGUGGCUUUGGGGGCUGCUCUGAGCUUCAGAGAAGAAAAUCCAUCUCCAGCGCCCUGUGUGUCUGGCUGAGGCCUUUCCUGCUUUGCAGUGGUUUGCAGGGGAGAGGACCUUUCAAGGGGGGGUGUGGACGGAUGCCAGGACUCCCUCAGCCUCAGGGAGAAGGACAUGUUUGCAGAGCUUUGAGGUCGCCUAUUUCAGCAAGUUCUGGACUGGGAUGGGGGGGCUGGGUGGGUGGGAGGGUGUCCCUGAAGGGGUGGGGUUGGCAGCACUGACAGCAUGGUCUUUGGCUCAGGGCUUCCCUAUUGGUGUUGUAAUGUCUCCCCACAGAUAAUGUCCCAGGCCUUUGGGAAACAGGUGCAUCAGGGCUGAGAGCAGAAUGUGCUGUGGAGAAAGCACAUUAAGGGAGGGAACCCUUCAGCGAUGCCCACCAGUCUCCAUUAGCAAAUGACACCCAGACCCCCAGGGUUAAUAGGCCCCUCCCCAGAGUCAGGCCUUGCCCCCAGUGACCUCACCACCUCCUGGUCAGGCCAGCUAUGCCACAGGAUACUGUGCUUAGGUGCAGAUGCAUGUGGAGACCAGGCCCCAUCACCUCCCCUCAGAGCCCAGCCCAAGAGGCAGCAAUGACCCCAUCUCCUGACAGGAGCACGGUCACCCUAGAAUAUGGCACUAAUCUCUAAGACCAGCAGCAGAUAUGAGCUGGGGACCACAGAGGGACUCCAGGGUGCCCACUAUAGAUCCCACCAAGGCUGGACACAUCUCAACUUGGAGGAUGACAAGGCCCAUGACUCCGGCCCCCCAUCCAGUGUCCGCUGUCCUCUGACAUCUUGCCCUUCCAGCGUAAUGGGAUCUGGCCCCUUUGCCCCCUGAGCUCAAAAGCAAUGGUCCCAAGAAAACUGCCAACCAUUUGUUCAUUUUUUCCACCUCCCAAGUCGUUGGGUACCUCAUAGGUACAACCCUCAGCAUCUGGGGUUCUGGAGAGGUUGGCUCCUGCCAGCGGCCCUCCUCACUCCUAGUGUUUGUUAGAGUUUCUGGGCUGGUCCUUCGCUUGCCCCAGUGCAAGGCCAUCAGCUGCCACUUGGGAAAAAGCCAAAAGCGGAAGGCACAUCUCCAGGUUCCUUAGACCCCACCUGUAUGAGAGGCCAACCUCUUGCUCUUGGUGCUUCAUCUCAGCCACCUAGAAGCCAGGUGGCUUGUCCCAGGAGAUGGCUCUGCCUGAGAUUUGGGGAGGCCCUGGGGCUGGUGGGGAAGCAGCAGCCCCAGGUCCCGAGCCCGCACUGCCUGGAGGGGCCCCUGUGGCCUGUUGCAUUGCUGAGCCGAGUUAAGCACAGAUCUCACAGCACAGAGGACCUCGCAGUGGUGCUUUUCCCAAAAGUUGUGUUGCUUUUAUCCGUUUCUAACUUAAUAAAAGAGUUAAGAAAAA